AUGUCAGGCACAGAGUCACUCAUAUGUCCAAUUACGUUCGAGCUAUUUCGUGAUCCAGUUGUGGCUGAAGACGGGCACACCUACGAGAAACAAGCAAUUAUUGAUUGGAUAAAACGAAAUCAAACGAGUCCAAUUACUCGUCAACCGUUAUGUAUCGAAACAUUACGUCCAAAUUACAUCGUUAAAAAGUUAGUUGAUGAGUUUGAAACAAAUGUACGAGCUAAAAAUUAUCAAUUCAAACUUGGUACUGAUGUUAAAAAAGCAAAACGUGCUUUAUUUCAAACAUAUGGCAAAUCUGUAUUUGAAGCCGAAUGGUUAGGAAUAAACAGUAAUGAGACCAAACGCCCAAAAAUAAUUUUACUCAAAAUUGAUGGAGCACGAGCUAAAAAAGAAGCAUCGUUCUGUGUCGAACUAAGUCGACAUCCGCACAUUGUGCGAACAUACGGUCUAGUUGAAGAUACACAACAGAAUAUCUCUGACGAUGAACCCAUCAACUCAAUAAUGUUACUUCAAGAGCACGCAACAGAAGGUAAUCUGGUUGACUUUCUUCAGGCAUUAGACUCUUUACCAGCAAGUAGUGUUUUGCUUGAAAUGUUUGUCCAAAUAUCCGACGCUAUGUCAUUUCUUGCCCAUAAUCAUAUUGUUCAUGGUGAUUUAGCAUGUAGAAAUGUAUUAGUAUUCCAUUUUGAUGAUAAUGAGCCCAAAAAAAAUCUAGUGAAACUCACUGAUUUUGGUCUGAGUCGAGCGAGCACAAUAUAUCAAUCGGUUCAAAGUGUUAAAACAACAACAAUGACCAUUGUUCCUAUACGUUACGCCGCACCAGAGUUAUUAUCGGUUAACAAUUAUUCAGAUUCUUAUACCGAAAAGUCGGAUAUGUACUCAAUGUUCUUAUGUGGGAAGCUUAUUCGAAAGGUGCAAUUCCCUGGGCAAAAAUAG